AACAUAAACAUGUUUUGUAUCUCCGGGCAUACGGGUCGCUGAUGUGUGUCUUUGGAACCGCUACAUUUUAAACGGUAAUGAUUCCAUUUAAUAUUGACCAUCACAAAAAUGAUCCAUUGUUUAGGCAUGUCUUAACUAAGAAACAUAAUACAAUGUAUUUCAAAAAAACGGAAUAGCAUAUUCUGGGUGUAUAGCCCCUGUAUGUCAGGCUUACGCUGUUCUGUCUAUGCAUGAUACUCCCACCCACUCAACGUAAUUAGACGGACGAAGAUGAUGCAUAGGGAGGUCAGACAAUGUAACCCCGAUAAUGACGUCACUACAAAGGCAAUAGAAAUUCCCAUCAAACACUUCAUUAUGCUGUGUAUGCCAUUUAGCAAGACGCUUUCAUGCAAAGCGACAUGCAGUCAUGUGUGCAUACAUUUUACAUAUCGGUGGUCCUGGGAAUCAAACCCACUACCCUGGUGUUACAAGCGCCGUGGUCUACCAAUGGAUUGAAUUUGAAUAAGCUGAAUUCUGAGAAUAAAUGGUGAUGCGAGUGCAUCUUUAAUCAAUGGUGUAGACUAGAGAAUUCCAUUAUGAAUAGCCCCAACUCUCUUAGGCUGUGUUUACACAGCCACCCUAAAACCCCAAAUCUGAUUUUCUUUAUAGCCAAUCUUUUUUCUGAAUGUCCACACUUGACCCAAAUUCACAUUCACACUUGAUGUAGGCUCUGAAGUAGUACACAGAUUUCACUGUUCCUUUAAAAUUUGGGGUGGUUGUCAUGGUAACGACAGGUUGUAAAAAAUAAUCUAUAAUAACUUCUAAGCAAAACAAAAUCUUAUCUGAGUGUCCAGACAGGUCGCAUAUAGAGAGCAAUUAAUUGUAGUCCUAAUGGCGUCUUUUUGUAGGCACUAUCUCCGUCAUGGUUCGUUGGCCAACACCUAUUGAACCCUUUCUGUGUUGCCCCACGAGGGCGAUGCGCGCAAAUUGGUGGCAGAACACUGGGAUUUCUCAUAGAACGCCAACAAAAAAAAUGCUAUUUACAUGUUGCUAAUGAGUGCAUUUCACACUACUUUUGAGUUAUAAUUGUGUUUUAAGUCUCAUAUAAAUGUCCUGCUUAAUAUGUUUGUCUCAUAGAACGCCAACAAAAAAAAUGCUAUUUACAUGUUGCUAAUGAGUGCAUUUCACACUACUUUUGAGUUAUAAUUGGGUUUUAAGUCUCAUAUAAAUGUCCUGCUUAAUAUGUUUGUAUCAUUUUCGCAAAUCAACUGCAUUAUACUUAAGCACCUCAACCAGUAAAAUGGCUCUUUGGCUAGCUUUUACUACAUCCUAUGUCAAUGAGUGUUAGCAUUCUAGCUAAACACUGCUGCAUCCAAAAUAGUUAUUUUGCUAAGAUCACAACCAAAUAUAAUCUUAGCAACUCAUCAAGCUAGAAUUAAAACAUAAUUGUAAGCGUAUGUGAACCCCAAAAAGUUAUUUUGUUUACAAGUAAUAACGUAAAUCUAGGCUAUGUUGAAUGGGCGCAGGUGGCGAUGGCUUUCUUACGACAGCCAAGAGUCGCGUGACAUCAGUGUAAUGUAAAGGGGUGCAUGGGAAAAUGAAUGGAGUUUUUGGAAGGUUUUUGGAUAAACACCGAAAGUAAGGUCUGUGGUAAAUGCAGGCUUAGGAGAUCUUGUACGUUUUGUUCUAUGAGAAUCUUUAUCAGCUAACGUCACUUUUUGUGAAUUUUGAAGAAUUUAUGUAAUCAUAUAAAGCACAUAAAAGGCUUCAUAAUUCAUAAAGGUCGUGUUAACUGACGGAUAUUAUCUCAUAGAACAAAACGUAUAAGAUCUCCUAAGCCUGUGUUAACCUCAGACCUUAUUUUUCGGCAUUUAUCCCAAAACUCUAUUAUUUGCCAAUUCAUUUUCCCCAUAGGAAUGGCUGAACGAAGCAAUAGGUAACUCAUUUCCGUUUUUUAGGACUACAAGCUGGCGAGCUCUAUGGAGGAUUGGGUUAGUACCAGGAUUGAGAUCCACAUAUGGAUGUGGUAUAAAUCGGAAGUCAAAGAUCAGAUUCAAUAGCUGUGUUUUUUUCACUAGUUGGUCUUUUGACCUAUCAUCUCUGAAAAAUGAUCCGAUGUAAAAAGAUCUGAUGUGAUUGGUCAAAAGACCAAUUAGUGGGGAAAAUAUAUCUGAAUUGCCCCGCCUGUGUAAACGCAGCCUUAAUAGCCUACAUGGCUCUGGAUGGAGGUAGGCUAGCCCAAACAACUACCUCUUUACCUACUGUAUUUAUUUAUUUUGCUCCCCAUUAUUUCUAUCUCUACUUUUUUCUAUCUCUACUAUCUCUACUUUUUUCUUUUUUUUACUUGCUAUAUUGUAUUUACUUCGCCACCAUGGCCUUUUUAUAUUUAUAUAUAUAUUUUGUUUGCCUUCACCUCCCUUAUCUCACCUCACUUGCUCAUAUUGUAUAUAGACUUAUUUUUCACUGUAUUAUUGACUGUAUGUUUGUUUUACUCCAUAUGUGUUGUUGUAUGUGUCGAACUGCUUUGCUUUAUCUUGGCCAGGUCGCAAUUGUAAAUGAGAACGUGUUCUCAAUUUGCCUACCUGGUUAAAUAAAGGUGAAAUAAAAAUAAAAAAUAAAAAUAUGGUGCAAGCACAGUGAGGUCAAACAAUGUAACAGUGAGUUUUAAAGGCAUCACACUCCCACCCAGCGACAUGUACUAAGAGGUGGGCCAUAGAGAAUGAAAGAGACCUCUAGCAGCCAAAAGGUAGUUUUAGCAUGGGCAGUGCCAAUGAGGGAUUCCACCCUUUAAAAGUAGUCAACUGGGUGGAGAUUCCAAUGGGUUGUAGCCUCAAUAGCGCUGCCCAUGCUGUCACAAAAUGGAACAGAUAUAAAGAUGAGUCAUGUAUCUGUCUCUGGUUAGGAGAAUUAGGUCAAGGUCAGGAAAAGGCUUAGCUAAAAACGAUCAACGUUUGAUGUCAAAUUUGACAAAAGCUGUAUCCAGUCUAGAUAUGACCUUAUCAAGUGGGUGAUCAAUCAAGGUGAUAAUGGAGAAAGACCUGCCUUUAUAGGCACUGCCCCAGAAUAAGUAGAUCGCAGGUGCAGCACUUAAAUCACAGGUGUCAAACUCAUUCCACGGGGGGCCGAGUGUCUGCGGGUUUUCGCUCCUCCCUUAUACUUGAUUGAUGAAUUAACAUCACUAAUUAGUUAGGAACUCCCCACACCUGGUUGUCUAGGGCUUUAUUGAAAGGAAAAACCAAAGACCUGCAGACACUAGGCCCUCCGUGGAAUGAGUUUGACACCCCUGACUUAAAUGAACCAGUCUCCACUCUGUUGGGAGUAGAUCAGUGAGAAACUGCUUUGUGACAAGAUACUGACAUCUGAAAUGUCUUCACCUCUGGUGCCCCACCCAAUGAAUAGCUUUCUGGGCAACCCUGAGGAGAGCGACCCCCUGAUGAGAUGGAGAAUUGGUUCGCCCUCUGUAUCUCCGAUACACUUGACCCAGGGGUUGGUGAAGGCAGGGCCACCUGCUAUUGUUGACAGAGGGGAGUCCAGUUUGGCUACACAGGAAAUUUGUACGCCUCCACCUAUGGUGCCCCACUCCAGGAACAUCUGUAAUAGCAAGCCUGAGGAGAGUGAGCCCCAGAGGAGAUGGAGCUAUGGUCCCUCUCCAUCAGACCCAUCUGGCCCAGGGGUUGGUGAAGGCAGACCUCCACCUCCAGUGCCCCACCCCAGGAAAGUCUAUGUUGGCAAGCCUGAGGAGAGUGAGACCCAGAGGAGAUGGAGCUAUGGUCCCUCCUCUCCCUCACACACAACUGGUCCAGGGGUUGAUAGAGGCAGGAAGCCAGGCACAGCCCAGAAACCACCCCCUGUGACCCAGAAUAGGUGGUCGGUGGGAAGGAAUCCUCCAGAAGGUGGUUGUGACCCUCAGGAUGGGGGGAGUGUGUCUGAAUUCAUUAAGAAGUUUGAAGCUAAAGAGGACCAGAACAAGCAGCUGGUGGUGCGUCGUCCUCUUGGCCCGCCUGCCGUCGUUGACAGGGAGGACUCUGAUCCCCCUCUCUAUGAAAAGGUUUUGGCUGUGCAGGAAACUCGUACGUUUGGGUCGCCUGCCGUCGUUGACAGAGAAGAAUCCAAUGACUAUAUCUAUGAAGAGGUUUUUGUUACGCAUGAAACUCAUACGGUAGCAGUUCAACAACGGACAUGUGCAACCUAUGUUCACUAUGUAAGGCCACCACCUCCAUUGCCGUUAAAGCAGUCACUCCCUCUGAAAGGCAGAAUCAAAACACUCUCAAUAAGCAGCGUUAGUGAAGAGGAACAAGAAGAUAACAUCAAGGAUGCAGAUCGCCUGAUGGAAUGGUGGGAGAAGGUGAAAAGUGAACCAUGGAAAGAUCUGUCUAAUGACCAUAAACUGGCCAAGAAGGGAGAAGCAAAACUGUUCAAAGAGAAAGCCCAGCGGUUCCAGAAUGCAUUGCAGUUGUACAACCUCCUCCUGACUAAGCAUGGGGAGACCCUAAAGAACCACAUCCUUAACCUCAUCAGCAUCGCAGACAACUUAGACAAGGUUUCCAAGGGAACCAAGAUUGCUGGCAUCACCGGGGGCGCCACGGGGGCGGUUGGAGGGGUGGCGGCUGCGGCAGGGGUGAUCCUCGCCCCCUUCACGCUAGGGGCAUCACUGGCCUUGACAGUGGUCGGUGUCGGUGUAGCUGCAGCUGGAGGGGUCACAGGGGCCUCUGCAGCUAUUGCUAACAAAGUGAGCAGUGCACAGGACAGGAAGAAGAUUGAGCUGAUCCUACAGGACUACCUGGCCCUGAUGGGUGACAUUGAAGCCUGCUUGAGGUUCAUCAACGCGGGCAUGGAGCACCUGAGGAAGCACAACCUCUCAACCCUCCAGGAAGUCGACACAGAGGCCGUCAGAGUGGUCAGGGUGGCCAUAGUGACAGGAGUGGGUAGCUCCAGUGCCAUAGAUGCCAGCAGUAAGGCAUCGGGGAUGCUCCAAGGCUUCGCUCUGGGCAUGGAUUUCUAUUUUACCCAGAAGAAGGAUGGCAAAGGUGGCCCGACGCUGAAGAAGGGAUUGGAGUCCAAGUUUGGGAAAAAGAUACGCGAAGUGGCUCAGCAGCUGAAUGAAGGGCUGGAUGAAGUGAUCAAGGUCAAAUAUGAGCUAGUUAAAAAAAAUCUCAUCCUCUGAAAGGGAAAGGGGGAUACCUAGUCAGUUGCUCAACUGAAAUGUGUCUUCCGCAUUUAACCCAACCACUCUGAAUCAGAGAGGUGUGGAGGGCUGCCUUAAUCGACAGCCCUACACACACACAAAUGUGUUUUCCUCAAGGCUUAUUUGGGAAGGGUGAUGAUUCCAGUGAUAAUUAAAAUGUUGGGGUGGCGGCUCAUUGGACUUGAUGUUAUGCGAUUACAUGAUUAUGAUCAGUGUCUUGUGAAUUGAGUGGUUGACGGUCAGUAGUUCUCAAUUCUCUCCUCAGGGACCCUGAGCUGUUCCAGCGCUAGCGUAGUUGAUUCUGUUAGACACAAUAGUAAAACCUAUGGAAUUUAAAAAAUAUAACAUUGCUAUUAAACCAGAAUAAAAUAACCUUUUGAUAACCUGGUUCUGUAAAGAACCAAUCAUUCUCCAUGACGUUUCUAUAAAUAACCAUAAGGGUUCUAUUUGCCCCAAAAAGGGUUGUAACCAUAGCGGAACCCUUUGUCUAAAACAUUUUAUUAAUGGUUAUUUACAGAAUAUGUUGGUACGUUGUCUACCAGGUUUCAGUUGUGUAUCAUAGAAUCACUAAAACAAUGUCCAUUGUCAAAUCUAUUGUCAUAUAAACCAAUGUUGUGAAUAAAUAAUUAGACAGA